AUGUUCCAAAGGAAAGAGGACGACAGCGAGAAAAAGCUCCAACACCGACGUACUGUGGACUACUUUACUCCGUUGGGGAGAUACAUGGUCCAAAAAAAUGUGUACAAUCGUCGAGGUCGCCAACCAUUGGGAAAGAUACGCCCAGAGAUGUCUUACCUGUCCCAGCUGUUGCCUCCGCAUUCAGAACAGCCAGAAGUGGUGGAUCUGGCCACCAAAUUCGUGCACGUUUCGACAAAUAAAUCCAAACACGCUAUACAUGCGCUCAAAUGGACGCCAGAUGCACGCAGAGUGCUAGUUUCGUCCCACUCUGGAGAGUUCACCAUCUGGAAUGGCUUGACUUUUAACUUCGAGUCUAUCAUGCAGGCCCAUGACUCGCCCAUUUUUGCACUGCAAUAUAGUCAUAAUGGAGACUGGCUACUCAGUGCGGACCAAAUCGGAUGUAUAAAGUUUUGGCAGCCAAACUUCAAUAACGUCAACAUUCUCCCCAAGGCUCACGAUAAUGCAAUUCAGGAUAUUGUUUUCUCACCAAAUGACUCAAAAUUUGUGAGUUGCUCCGACGAUCUUACGCUGAAGAUAUGGAACUUCAGCACAGCCACCGAAGAACGCACUUUGAAAGGACACCAUUGGGACGUGAAAGCCUGUGACUGGCAUCCAACUUUGGGUUUGGUCGUUAGUGGCUCCAAAGAUAAUUUGGUGAAAUUUUGGGAUCCAAGAGACGGGAAAUGCAUAUCCACCAUCCAUGACUUCAAACAUACAGUGACAAAGGUGCGAUUCCAGCCAAAAGGAAACCAAAGAUUGCUGGCGGCGUGUUCCAGAGACCAUUCCACCAGAAUAUUUGACAUCAGACUAAUGAAAACUAUCAACGUUAUAAAAUCCACGGACGACGUUGACUUGACCUCUAUUACGUGGCAUCCUGUCCACUCGUCCACACUUACCAUUGGUGGUUACGACGGAUCGUUGUCUACCUACGACCUGGCAAAGGAAUUAAAUCAAGACUUGGUCUUCAAUAGAGAAAAACAGCCUACUUCCACCACCUCUCCGCUCCACAGAAUCCCGUACGCUCACGACAAGGCCAUUCAUGACCUUGAAUAUCAUCCUCUUGGACACGUGCUGUGCACCGCGGGAGCAGAUAAAUCAAUGCGCUUCUGGUGUCGAUCCAGACCGAACGAUCCACUUGCAUUCAAAGACAACGCCUACACUGGAGAAUCCUGGGCGGAAAAGCAGCCGUUUGCGAUGGAACAGAACGGAAGAGAGUCGGAGCAGAAACAGUUCUACCCGCCUCCUCCUUCUGGUCUCCCAGGAUUAUCUGGAUUACCAGGCUUGCCAGGAUUGCCAGGCCUGCAAGGAAUUAAUUCUUUACCAAAUAUUCCUGGAAUGACUAAUAAAUAA